AACUUUUUGGGUUUAUGGUAGCAGAUAGAAGGGAAGGUAGAGCUAGAAGACUAGGUAGAAGGGAAGGUAGAUGAAGCUUGUUGGAAGACUGCGUAGUGACUUAUUACAUCAUCAAGACAGAGCAGAUGGAGAUGAUGAGCUGGAUCAUGGUUUUGGCCUCUCCACUAGGAAGCUAGCAGCAUUUUCAAAGCAAGUAGUACUAAACGAACCCCUCUUCGCUGUAACGACCACCUGUUGUCGAAAACCAGGACUCGAUGCAGACGUGGGAGGUUUGGGUAUCAUAGGCUUAGUUGUGAUCACAUGCAUAUGCGCAUUAUUUGGAUGCUGGCACGCGUUCGGUCACCGUUUUCGGACUGACAACUCUGCCCUAGGACAAGGAGAAAAAGAAGACAGGCUGGUGGUGGAUGAGCAACAACAGUAUCAAAAACAUCAGGAACUGCAACUGUCUUCUAAUUUUGAGGUCUACCGACCAGGAGGAGCAGAAGGAGGAGGACAACCAAGACCGGCAGAUCCAAGCAGGAUUAGAUAUACGCCUGCCUGUGCAACGAAUGUACAACAUUACAUCAGCACCACUGGCAUAUUAUCGACCUUCCGCCUCGGCCCUACACCAUCAUCAAAGAACUCCAUCAACACUUCAAAUUUGUUGCUGACGGAACAAGACCACUCCUCUCCCUCCAUCAAAAAUAAAGGCUUUUUAGAGAAUAGAGGUGGAUCCCGUACGAUACUAUCCUCACAUGAUCCGCGGAGGCGUCAGAAAUGACAGCGCCUGGAGCUGAAGUGAGGAUCUCAGAGGGGCAGGGCCAGCGUCAGGGGCGCCUAGUAGGGCUGGUCCUGGUGCUCCAAGGAGUAUCAACAGAACAACGCGGAGGUAAGAAUGAAGGCGGUGAUCGAUGCAUUUCAGGGGAGCAAAAAUCACAGAUCAUCUCAACAUGUACAUUUUGCAGAAGCAGGACAAUCCAAGUAGGUUUAGUCUGUAUUUUUGGAACACCUUCAGACCAGGAUAAGCUGCUGCAUAUCUUGUCGUCCUCACGUGGUUCAUUCGAACAUAAUCAUUCCAGUUUCUCAGUACUUCUGCAUAAGUAG